AUGGGAGCCGCAUCUCUCCUGCUCCUGGGCCUGGGGACCCUCGUCCUCGGGAGGGGCUGCUGGUCCCAGGACUUUGACUUUAACCCGGAUUGGGGCUUCACAUCCUACGAAGUGAUCAUCCCCAGGCAGCUGGAGGCCCGCGGGGGCCACCCCGACAGAUCGGGGCGGGUGUCCUACCUCUUGCGCAUCCAGGGCAAGAGGAACAUCAUCCACCUGCGGCCCAAGAAGCUCUUGCUGCCCCGACACCUGCGGGUGUUCACCUUCGCCGACGACGGCACCCGAGUGGAGGACCAGCCUUACAUCCCAAGACCCUGCAACUUCAAGGGCUCUGUGGAGGGCUCUCCCGAGUCCGAAGCCAUGUUGAGCACCUGCCUCGGAGGCCUCCGAGGCAUGCUGAGGAUCGAGGACAGCGUGUACCAGAUCGAGCCUGUCCAGUAUUCCUACAACUUUGAGCACGUCAUCUACCGCUUGCAGGACCAUCUCAUGACCAACUUCACCUGUGGUUUAACCAAAGAAGACAUAGACCACCAGCUGAGCCUGCUAAGGUAUCUACCUGUCGCUAGAUCGGAUUCUUGGCGGGUUUCCUACGUUCACCAAAAGUAUUUGGAGUUGAUUAUUGUACUGGAUAAACUACGCUUUACUUUCUUGAAAUCCAACUUAACAAGAGCCAUCAGUGACAGUAUAAUCAUGGGUGGUGUCAUGGACAGCUACUUUCAGUCCUUGAAUGCUAGAAUACAAUUGAUAGCCAUUGAGGUCUGGACAGAUAAAAGCAAAGUAAAUACUAAUGUGAAAAAAUUGACACAAGUUCUCGGACAGUUUUCUGACUACAAUAAUAAAAUACUAUAUCUAAAUGUGAAAUCAGAUUGGGCACACUUAUAUGUGCACAAAUAUUACCCUGAUGCACUGGGAUGGGCUUUUGUUGGAGGUGUAUGUAAAAGGAAAUUUGGAGUAUCAACAAGCACUUUGCCAAAUAAAAACCUGAUUGCUCCUGCUGUAUGGUCUACUCAUGAAGUGGGCCAUGGUGUGGGCAUGCAGCAUGAUGGAAAAGGUUGUUAUUGUUUCAGUAAAACAGAGUGUAUCAUGGGCACUGGUGGAAUUACUGGUUUCAGUAACUGCAGUUUUGUCAAUUAUUUUGACUUUAUAAAUUGGGAUCCUGCAAGUUCAUGUCUAAAUAAUAUCCCAGGAUUUGUGUAUACGAUGCAGCGAUGUGGAAACAAAAUAAUAGAGAAGGGAGAAGAGUGUGACUGUGGUACAAUAGAGGAAUGUAAAAAGGAUAUAUGUUGUCAAAUUGAUUGUAAACUGAGACCUGGUGCACAGUGCAACACUGGUUUAUGCUGUACCAAUUGUCAUUUCAGUCCACUUGGACAUAAAUGUAGAGAAGAACAAAAUGAGUGUGACCUUGCGGAAUUCUGCAAUGGAACUUCAAAUUUCUGCCCAAAUGAUUUAUAUAAGCAAGAUGGUACCCCAUGCAGUAGGGGAGCCCGCUGUUACCAAAAGGGAUGUCAUGAUCGCAUUUUGCAGUGCAAAGAAAUUUUUGGAUCUGGUGCUCUGAAUGCUCCAUAUAUGUGCUAUCAAGAACUGAAUAAACUUACUGAUCGAUUCGCUAACUGUGGCAUCGAAGGUCACAGUUACAAAAAGUGUAAAACAAGGGAUAUAAUGUGUGGAAGAUUGCAAUGUGUCAAUGUAAAGAAUGUCCCUGACAUGCCUGAUCAUACAACAGUCAUUUUUACUCACCUGAAGGAGUUGAAUCUCCGAUGCUGGGGGAUAGACUAUCAUUCUUCAAUGAUCGCCAUGGCAUUACCUGAUGAGGGAGCUGUAAAAGAUGGUACUUCCUGUGGUCAUGACUUGAUUUGUAUUAACAGGAGCUGUCUCAAUGUCUCAGUGCUCAAUUAUGACUGUCUCCCAGAGAAGUGCAACAAACGAGGUGUUUGCAACAAUAUGAAAAAUUGCCACUGUAAUUAUGGAUGGGCCCCUCCUUUCUGUGAGCAUCCCGGUUUUGGAGGAAGCAUUAACAGUGGACCUACAGGAAAAAUGAAAGAACUUCCCAAGCCAGCUAAAGUUGUGCCCGUUAUGUUUAUUCGACUUGUUUUAUUAGGUAUCUCAUUGGUUUUGGUCAUCCUGAAAGGAAUGAUAAGAAGAUUCUUCAAACCAAAGCAGAUAGUUCUUUUGUCAGUGUUUAACAAGAACAAGGAGAAAAAGAAAAAUGCUCCAUAG